GCCUCCUCCUCCUUUACAGUGAGGAACUCCUGGGCAUGUGACUGCUUGACUUAAGAUGGCAGCGCUGUCUGAACCCUUAGGUCUGGAGAGAGAUGUAUCCCGUGCAAUUGAACUGCUGGAAAGACUGCAGAGAAGUGGGGAAGUACCACCACAGAAACUUCAAGCUUUACAACGAGUCCUACAAAGCAAGUUCUGUUCUGCAAUAAGAGAGGUGUACGAGCAGUUGUACGAUACUUUGGAUAUCUCAGGUAAUGCAGAAAUACGGGCACAUGCCACUGCCAGGGCCACAGUGGCUGCUUUUGCAGCAAGUGAAGGUCAUGCCCACCCACGUGUAGUUGAACUUCCAAAAACUGAUGAAGGACUCGGGUUUAAUAUUAUGGGAGGAAAAGAGCAAAACUCUCCGAUUUAUAUCUCACGUAUCAUUCCUGGUGGUGUGGCUGACCGCCACGGAGGGCUAAAACGCGGAGAUCAGCUACUGUCUGUCAAUGGCGUGAGUGUGGAAGGAGAGCAACAUGAGAAAGCGGUAGAGCUUUUAAAGGCAGCACAAGGGACUGUAAAGCUGGUUGUGCGCUAUACCCCAAAAGUACUGGAGGAGAUGGAGGCCAGGUUUGAAAAAAUGAGGACAGCCCGACGUCGGCAGCAGCAAAACAGCUACACGUCUCUCGAGUCCCGAGGGUAACUGUUGCAUCCUGGAUGAUCCCUAAGCUCUGGACCUUUUAAUCUGUAUUUAUUAACACAAGUCGUAUCAGAUCUGUGUACAAUAUUUAUUUCUGUUGUGUGUGUACUGGAGAGUUGCAAGGCGUGUGCUUGUGUGUAAACAAUAAUUGCCCCCAAAGUUCCAAAGGCAUGGAGUUGUGGAAGUACAUUUGUACUAUGGAUCCUUUAUGUUGGCCUUGCCUGGUACAUGGAAACUGGCACUACAAGUGUAUUUGAUAA